AUGGUGUACGACCAUCUAGAGUUUGUGUUUGUUCCGUUGGGACUAUUGGUGUUCUUUUUGUACCAUACAUGGCUUCUCUUCACCAUUCUUCGUGAACCUCAUCGAACUGUCAUUGGCUUAAACGCUGAGUCUCGUCAUCAAUGGAUUCAGGCCAUGAUGGCUGAUCCCUGCAAGAAUGGCGUUUUGGCGGUCCAAACAAUCCGCAACAAUAUCAUGGCAUCGACUCUUCUUGCUACAACAGCAAUCACAUUGAGUUCGCUGAUUGGUAUUUUCACUAGCAAUGGGUGGAAUUCUGAUGACACAUCUUCCAUAUUUCACAGCACUGCUGAAGUUAAACGAAUUUCGAUUACCGUUUGUUUCCUUGUUGCGUUUUUAUGCAAUAUUCAGUCUAUUAGAUGCUACUGUCAUGUCAGUUUUUUAAUCAACGCGCCUACACUCAGAGAUAAGAAUGCCUAUAUGGAAUAUAUUGCUAAGACCUUGAACCGGGGGAGUCAUUCGUGGUCGCUUGGAUUGCGAGCGUUUUACUUGUCGUUUACUUUCUUCCUCUGGAUUUAUGGACCUAUACCAAUGUUUGUUUGUUGCUGUUUGACAUCAUUCUGUUUGUACUUUUUGGAUACAACAGCUAGAAUCACAAGGGAUCUUCACAGUGAUUCGUUCACGAAAGAAAGUGAUGAUGUAGAAUCUGCAUUGGAGACUGAUUAUCAACCUUUAGCCGGUAACGAUUUAGCUGAAAAUGCAGCUGUAGAUAAUGUGUAA